AUGAUACAAGGUAACCGUGGACAACUACCAUCAGCUAGAGGUUUCACCAGGCGCUGCCAUGGCUGCAACAAGAUUGAUCAUAAGAAAGAGGACUGUUCAUCAAGUGCACGCAGUAGUGAGGUACCGUUUAUGGCAAAUAUGGAUGAAAAAUCAGAUUGGUUGCUUGAUAGUGGCUCAUCGUCGCACAUGAGCUCUGAGCGAAAGAAUUUCCAUACUUACAAAGGGUUGAAAGAGAGUAUUGGUGUUACAAUAGCUGAUGGUGGAUCACUCCAUGCGAUUGGUAUGGGUGAUAUUCACCUGCAAUGCACUCAAGGUCGCAUAGUGAAGAUAGUAGACGCUCUCCACAUUUCUGGAUUAGAUCGUCGGCUACUCUCAGUUGCAAAUCUUACCCAGAAGGGUCUUACGGUGAGUUUUGGUAUGAAAGAGUGUACUAUUUUUCGAGGGGAACCUUUGAUAGCGACUGUACCACAAACAAACAAUUUGUAUCGUGUGAAGAAUGAAGCACAGACUGUAUGUGUGAUUGAUCGUCAAGAAAGAACAGAAGCGUUAGGUGAUUUCCAUGCCCUUAGCUAUUAUGCAAUACUAUGGGGACUUAGUGGCCUUGUUCAAUCAAGUGGCUGGCCAGCCAAUCUUGCAGUAAUGGGAAAGUGGUUUAACAAAAAUGAACGAGGUGCAGUACUUGGAAUCUGGAGUGGAAAUGGAUAUCUUGGUAAUAUUGUCGGUACAGUUCUUGUCGCUUCAAUGUUUGCAUUGAUCGAGAAAACAUUAGCAUGGAAAAUAGUGCUUGUGGUAGCAGCUGGACUGGUGGGUUUUUAUGGAUUAAUCAUCCACUUUUUCUUAGAUCCGGCUCCAAAGGAUGCGGCAUAUCACCAUGAGCGAUUAGAAGACGCCAAACCAGAUGUAGCCAUUUACAAAGCUCAGAUUGAAGAUAAUCUCGAUGUAGAAGAUGGAAAAAUUGACGGUAUUGUUUUUCCAUACGCACUGGCAAAUGCUUUUCCCAAGUCAGCUAACUACGCGUUGUUCUUUUGGCUCCCGUUUUAUCUUACAGUCUCACAUCACAUGGACAGCUCACAAAUUGGUACUCUUUUGUAUAUCAUUGUAUCAGUUAUCAAUUCUCUCAUGGAGCGCUUUGUGAUGUCGGCACCUGAGCCUCAAGGGCAUCGAGUUUAUCCAGCAACGGUAUCUCCUCUCUCAGCUUCUUCGCCUGAUUCACCAACGAGCGUCGAAUUAGCGUCAAUUCCAUUUUCUGCCAUCCAAAGCGUUAGCGAUCUGGAAGAAUUUAGUGAUCACAAAACGAACGAGUCCACUGUCGUUCCACCGACCGAAUUAGAAUCACAUGCAUCAAUAAGCAACAGUGGUGUGCUAUCUGAACAGCAAUUGAUUGCUCGGGGAAAAGUAUUAUUACAGUCAUACCAGAUACAAAAGAAGCAGUGGCUAGCAAGUGGAAAAAAUGACACUGUCAGUUCCUCCGAAGCUCACGAUUCCGACGCGAGCGUAAAUAUUUUUGAGGUCACAAAUACGUCAAAACGAGACUAUUGCACCGAAGACCUUUCGUCACCAGUUAAAAGAGCAGUUGCGCACUUAAAUUUAACUGAAGCCCCAUCAAUUGACACGAAAUCUCAACUGUCAUCUAAUACUUUCCUUCCAAGCACCACAUUGAGUGAUUUGAGUACUUUUAGUAUCGGGCCGCUUCCUGCAUCAAAAUUGAUAAUGCAUGAGCCCCUUUCAAACAACCGGAGCGAAAGAUUCUGGAUGGAUUUUAUGGAUCUACUGAAGACAAAUCGACGUACUAUGGAAAAAAUGGACGCACAGCUUGCUCGUUUAUGGAUCGAGUUGAUUGCGGUCAAUACGAAUAAGCGAGGACUGCAGAAUGAGACAGACAAAGUGAGUGAUGCAGUGACGCAAUUAUUUCAGCAGAAACGAGAAGCGGAAGUGGCAAUUUUGAAACUUGCAGAGGUGCUGGGAUCGCGUGUGUUUUUGACUGGGAAAUUGUCCGAUGAAGCGGUACAGUUUGUGAGUAAACAAUUGAGAUUAGAGCUUGAGGCUUCAGAAGCUCUGAUCGACAAGGUGCAAGCUGUGGAGGGUAUUAACAGCAAUAGGGACUUAGGAACUAGCGUUACUGGAGAAGUUGAGAUGGUUAAAAAGUUAAAACAGCAACUGCAGCACAAAGUUGAGCAGUUCCAAGCGAGUCAAGCAGUAAUUGCAAAAUUAACAGAUCAGUUGGAACGGCAGAAGAAUGAUGCAGCGACAAGAUAUGCUGAGUUUAAACGUGCUCUGGAAGUCAAGUUGCGUGAAGUAGACGCUUUGUGCAGUGACAUUGAUGUACCGGAAGCGUUUGAGCAAAUCAAAACAUCAGAAGGUAUUCUGUACUACAAGAAGAAAGAAAAUGAUGGCAUGUUUGAGCUUGAAGACCCUCGGGUAUCUCUCGUUAUCCAACAGCGUCAAAAUAAAACGAAAGAAAGAGCUUGUAUAGCGUUUGAAGAAGUAGAGUCUAGCCGUCCACAUCGUAGACGUGGAGUCAGUGCAUUAGCGCGCGAAUAUGCAGCACGAGAUAAUGCUAUUCGUCGUUCAAACUCCACCCCUCACAUUUUUAAUGACAAUCUCGUUAUUGAGGAUAUCCAGAUUCCACCUGAUGAUGGACGAAAGCAUACAAUUGACGACUUUACGACGCCUUUACCUGCUGGAUGGGAAAUGCGUGUUACUGCUUCCGGUGCCGUUUUUUUCUUCAACAAAUACACAACUGUUACAACCUGGGCCGACCCGCGUUUGCUUAAUCCAGCUUCUUCACCAUUAGUCGCUGAUACUGUGACUCUACAGAAGCCGGUUGCUCUCGACUCGAUCGAUAUGACAUCUGAAUUACAACCAUCGACGUCCAAUUCGACUUUUGUCGACAUGGAUUCUUUUUCGAGACACGAGCAAGAUACUGCUAGGUAUUUUGAUGUCGUGUUUGAAGAAUCGGGAUCUAUCGGCAUUCAUUUUCAAGCUAAUGUGCUUGACGCUGGUGCUGUAGUCAGGAAUUUACUCCCCGACAUGGCAGCAGCACAAAAGAAAGUGUUGAAACCGUUUGAUGAACUCGUGGCUGUGAACAAAACUGCAGUGGAUUCCGCCCCGUUUCGGCACAUUAUGCUACUGCUUCAAGGAGGAUUAAGACCCUUGACUCUAUCAUUUAAGCGAAAUAUGAAUUGCUCGGAGCGCACCUUGCCGCCUUUCACACCAGAAACGAUAGCAACGAUGAGUGACUGCGGGUCCUCAAUCAAUGAUGUGUCCGAGACGCAUUUGGAUGAAGAAGUACUAAUGGAUGAAGGAAUUGUCGUUGAUCUCGAGCAGCUUCGCGUUCCAGUAACACAAUUGCAGACAUCUGCAGUACCACCUCGUGAAGAUGACAUGGGCGUAGCGGAUGUCAUUAUUUCAAAUCUCUUUUCUCUUUUUUGGAAGCCUCCGGACCUGACAAGUGCGCUUAACACGGUUUAG